ACGCCAUGCCUGAUGCCCCCUCCAAAAUCAGAAUUCGAAUUUUCCCUCAUUUUUGUGGAACAAGAGAGGCCUACGCAUAACAAAGAUAGAGCCAGAGAGCUCCAGAGGAAACAAUAAGAAAGAAAGAAGGUAAGAUUACCGGAAAUGAGUGAUCCCUAUAGCAGUAACAAUCAAGAAAUCAUGCAACCGAACCCAGAGGACCUCCAAGACUCGGUGGAGCCGCCCUUCGCCUUGCUCCGUCUCAACAGCUUCAACUCCAACAACCACCAACCCUGCACCACUUGCGGCUGCUCUGGCUCCAACCCCAUGAAACGGCGCUCUCCCUCGUCGUCUUCCUCUUUCCAAGACCCACUACACCCUGACCCCUCCCGCUCCGAACCCAAUCCCAAGAGGCUCUUCUUCGAGCCAGACGACCUCACCCUCCGUGGCUUCUCCAAGCUCUCCCUCCCCACCACCCCCGCUUCCUCUUCUCCUCUCCGCCGCAGUGUUUCGGGCCCGCCCACCGCCAACGCUUUUGUCUCCCCUCCGAUGGUCCCUUUCGCCGAUGCCUCGGGUUUUCAGGUCCAGAACCCGAACCCGAACGCUCCUCAGUCGCCGGAGCAAGCGAGGACGGGCGUUAUCCCCGUGACGCCGCCGUCGAACACCGGGUUACCGCCUCUUCCGCCUUCUCUGCGUCGGUCGGUGUCUGACCCUAACCCGUCGCCGGCGAAGGCCAUUUCACCGUCGUCGAGUUCUGGGGAUGUAAAUGCGGGUUUGACCAAGAAAGAGACUCCCGAUUCCAAGAAGAGGCUGAGAAGGAUGAAGGCCUGUAUGAGAGAGAUAAGCAAGUGGUGUAAUGAAGUCUCCCGUGAACCGAACGAAGAAGUUGCAGAAGAAGCUAAUAAUGCCGCAAAAAAGGUCGAGUCUGUGGCAGAGAUUGAGGAAUCAGUGUUUGUGGAGAAGGUGGGAGAGGCCCUAACCGUCAAUUUCAAGUGCCCCUGUGGCAAAGGCUAUCAGAUUCUUCUCGCUGGAAGCGACUGUUUCUACAAACUGAUGUAGAUUGCUCUGCUACUUUUCGUUUGAUUCUUUACAUAUUACCUGCUCAGUCUACAUCAGUUGCAGUUCUCAACAUUCUCAUUGUUCAGAUGUUUUUGGGUCUCAAUAUUCUUACCGAUUGAUUGUGGUAGGCGAAUUACCAAUCAUCUGGUUGGCUAGCUUGUGUCUUUCCAACUUGUGUCUUUUUCUUUUCAAUGCAGAAGAAUAUGUAAAAUCCAUGAACAUGAUGAG